ACAUUUAGGGAACAAAUUAAAUGUCAGUCAAGUGUUUGACUAAACAAUCAUUUGUGGACAUAAUGUCGGAAACAAAGACAUGUUGUGUGGUGUCUGAGUUGUCGAUGACCUCAUUCAGAGUGAUUGUCGUAUUAGCGGUGAUGUUGUCUUCAUGUUUGUGUGAAUACGAAGACUUCCGAUGCAAGUGUGUGUGUCCGUCGACCGGAGUGGUCAACAACGGGUCUCAGGCGUCGAACCGAAAACUUUAUAUUAAGAACAUUAGUCCGAAUCGAUGUAAUUGUGAUUACGUUGUAUUACCGCAAUUGGACGCAACAAUGCAGGACAAGGCCAAAGAGUUUUGUCCGCGUUGUGAAUGUAAGUAUGAAUCAAGAAAUACAUCGACCAUCAGAUUUGUCGUCAUAUUCAUCAUCGGUAUCAUCUCAUUCCUCGUCGUCUAUAUGGCCUUCUUGUCACUAUUGGAUCCAUUGAUUCACAAACAUUCUGUCACUCGUAAUUAUGAACAACACAUCGACGAAGAGGUGUCAAUGGAUGAACAGAUAGUGUCGGACAGCGAUGGUGUGACCCGAAGGAGAGCCGCCACCACUCCUGUCAUAAGUCCAACGAGUUCUGGAGGACCGCCGCCCAAGAAUAUGCUGAAUAGAGUGGGUCAGCAACAGACCAGAUGGAAGAAACAGGUUCAGGAACAGCGUAAGAACAUCUACGACAAGCACACUAUGUUGAACUAAACCUACCGUUUCAUCAUUUUGAUGGCUCAACAUCAUUAUUAUAAUGUAUUUUUAUUGAUAGAUCUUAUUUAUUGAUUAUAUGUUAGCUAUUUAUUAAUAUUAUUAUUAUUACUUGUAAUGAUUUUAUUUUCCCCUAUAAUAUGCACAUCAAAUGAAGGCUUAUUAUAAGGAAAUUA